AUGCUUUCAACAAGUACUUUGCAUCCACCUUUCAUCCUUCUGUGCCUAGUCCAUCUAGUGUUUGUUCUAGUAUCUGUGAUGAAGACACUCGUAAAUCCAUUUCGGUUUCAACGGAAGAAACUAGCUGUCUACUUUCAAAUCUCUCUACAGAUAAAGCAACCGGUCAUGAUGAGAUAUCUACCAGAUUGUUGAAAGAGUGUUCGAACAAUAUUGCUCCAUCCUUAACAACGCUGUUCAACAAAUCACUCACUCUUGGUAAAGUUCCCCAGGAAUGGAAGGAAGCUAAUGUUGUCCCUGUUCCCAAGAAAGGUGAUGUUCACGAGGUCAGUAACUAUCGGCCGAUUUCCCUGCUGUCACUAGUGUCGAAACUUCUCGAGCAAGUUGUGCAUUUGCACGUGUCGGAAUUUGUUGAAUCAUCACUGAGUAAUCUGCAACAUGGUUUCCGCAAAAGACGUUCGUGUGUCACCCAACUUCUUGGUGUUUUCCACGACGUUGGUAAAGCCCUAGACUCGGGAAAGGAAGCUGACAUGGUUUACUUAGACUUCUCCAAAGCCUUUGAUUCUGUUUCUCAUCGAAACCUUCUUUUGAAACUUGAACAACAUGGUAUCUCCGGUUCAUUGUUGAACUGGUUCUCCGACUAUUUGAGCGAAAGACGUCAGCGAGUAGUGGUCGACGGUGUGUCAUCCUCGUUUCUUAAUGUAACAUCAGGGGUACCACAAGGCAGCGUACUCGGCCCACUUUUGUUCUUGAUUUACGCAAACGACCUCCCAAAGGCAGCGAAUCAUAGCACAGUGCCCAUGUUUGCUGAUGACAGCAAAUGCUAUCGUCAAAUAACCCAACCUCGAGAUAGAGAUCUUCUUCAGGAUGACCUAAAUUCCCUACACCAAUGGUCUAAGACGUGGGACUUAAAUUUCAAUGCGAAGAA